UUUGCGAUGGAGAACACGCGAGUGCCAGUGCUGACCCUACUCCUUUUUGCAUUGGUUAAAGGCUGUUGGUGUUUGGAUGUAACCAUUGUUAAAAAUCCAGUGAAGACUGGGGAUGAUGUGGUGUUUGAGAUUAACCUCCCCUCAGUGCCAGAAUCAGGAUCGUGGAAUUCACAGACGAUGUUGGCUUUUUGGUUGGGAAGUAAAGUGAUUUCAGGUGUUGGAUAUAAAGGGAGAGUCUCUGUGAAUACUUCCACUGGAUCACUGACGCUGAUGUCUGUAAGACUCAGUGACUCUGGAAAUUAUUUUGUUCAGGUUCAAACCCCAGAUGGCACUGAAUUAAGUGGAAAUGCUACCUUGACUGUUUUUGACCCUGUCUCCCUUCCCACAGUCUGCUCCAAUGUGACUAAUCCAGUGGAGUUCAAUGACAGUUUCAGUUUGACCUGCACAGCCUCUGGUUCUGCCGUCUCCUACCAAUGGCUCAAUGGCAGCUCUGUGCUUAGUGACAGUGAGCGGAUUCACCUGAGUGAUGACAAUAGAACACUGACCAUACCCAGGGUGUUGAGAUCUGAUGAUGCGAUCCUGCAUUGCUACGCGUUUAACGCUGUCAGUAACAGCAGCAGUGAGCCGUUUCAUCUCAAUGUGAGCUACGGGCCGGAUGGUAUGUCUAUAACCCCGCCAGAACCAAUCUAUAGCAGCGUGGGAUCAGACCUCAUUCUGUCCUGCUCAGCACAGUCCAGCCCACCUGCUCACUACCACUGGUUCUUUAAUGGAGCCCCUCUUAACAAACUGGGCUCACAGCUGAAUAUGGCUAACAUUCAGCAGGAUCAGACUGGAAACUAUACCUGCUUUGCCUCUAACAAUAUAACCCUUAGGUAUGACAAUGUAACAAGCAGCAUAACUGUUAUAGAACCGAUAACUAAUGUGACUUUGAACCCCACCCCUGAACAACCAAUACUGAAUAACCCAUUCAAUCUAACCUGCGAGGUGUCUGGGUUAGGGUCUGCUGAUUCAAGGCUGUGGAUGAUGGAUGGCCAGCCCCUGUCCACCGAUAAUAGGAUAACAUUAUCAGUGGACAACAGCACGGUCUCCUUCAACCCAGCACUACUGUCUGAUAACGGCACAUAUCAGUGUACAGCUUCUAACCUUGUAAGCAGUAAGACUGGAGCUGAAUACAAAUUAAUUGUAAACUAUGGACCAGAGGAGGCCUCUAUUAUGGCACCAGACUUGGUAGCUAAUGGUUCAUCGAUAAUGUUAACAUGUUCAGCUCACUCUCAGCCCCCCAGUGACUACACCUGGUAUCUCAAUGGGCAACAGAUUGCCAACAGCUCCGAAUACAAGAUAGAUCCUGUAAACUCUGAUAAUCAGGGAAAUUACAUCUGUGUGGCUUGGAAUUUUGUGACAGGAAGGGACAGUUCUGCCAUCAAGGAGCUUACAGUAAUAGAACUGAUAACUGAGGUUUCUGUGAACCGCGCCCCUGCACACCCAAUAUUGAACGACAAUCUGAGUCUGACCUGUGCCGUGUCUGGAACUGUUGACUCAAGGUACUGGCUGAAGGACGGUCAGCCCCUGUCUACCGAUGACAGAAUAACAUUGUCUGGAGACAACAGCACAGUCUCCUUCAACCCAGUACUGCUGACUGAUAACGGCACAUAUCAGUGUACAACAAAUAACCCUUUAAGUAAUAAGACCAGUGAUGGAUACAUAUUGGUCGUCAACUAUGGACCAGAGGAGGCCUCCAUUAUGGCACCAGACUUGGUAGCUAAUGGUUCAUCAAUAAUGUUAACAUGUUCAGCUCGCUCUCAGCCCCCCAGUGACUACACCUGGUAUCUCAAUGGGCAACAGAUUGCCAACAGCUCCGAAUACAAGAUAGAUCCUAUAAACUCUGAUAAUCAGGGAAAUUACAUCUGUGUGGCUUGGAAUUUUGUGACAGGAAGGGACAGUUCUGCCAUCAAGGAGCUUACAGUAAUAGAACUGAUAACUGAGGUUUCUGUGAACCGCACCCCUGCAUACCCAAUAUUGAACUACAAUCUGAGUCUGACCUGUGCCGUGUCUGGAACUGUUGACUCAAGGUACUGGCUGAAGGACGGUCAGCCUCUGUCUACCGAUGACAGAAUAAUAUUGUCUGGAGACAACAGCACGGUCUCCUUCAACCCAGUCCUGCUGACUGAUAACGGCACAUAUCAGUGUACAGCAAAUAACCCUUUAAGUAAUAAGACCAGCGAUGGAUACACACUGGUCAUCAACUAUGGACCCAAGCAAGCAUCCAUUACAGGACCACAUUUGGCAGCUGUAGGUUCAUCUGUAACAUUGACCUGUUCAGCUCGCUCUCAGCCCCCUUGUGGAUACACUUGGUAUUUCAAUGGGACAGAGACUGCCCAGGGCUCACAUUACAAGAUGAGACUAGUGAGCUCUGCCAAUAGUGGGCCAUACACCUGUGUGGCUCGAAACUCAGUGACUGGAAUCAGCAGUUCUGCUGUAAUGGAAUUUAUUGUGAUUGAACUGAUAACUAAGGUUUAUGUGAACCGCACCCCUGCAUACCCAAUAUUGAACUACAAUCUGAGUCUGACCUGUGCCGUGUCUGGAACUGUUGACUCAAGGUACUGGCUGAAGGACGGUCAGCCCCUGUCUACCGAUGACAGAAUAAUAUUGUCUGGAGACAACAGCACAGUCUCCUUCAACCCAGUCCUGCUGACUGAUAACGGCACAUAUCAGUGUACAGCAAAUAACCCUUUACGUAAUAAGACCAGCAACGGAUACAAACUGGUCAUCAACUAUGGACCCAAGCAAGCAUCCAUUACAGGACCGCAUUUGGCAGCUGUAGGUUCAUCUGUAACAUUGACCUGUUCAGCUCGCUCUCAGCCCCCUUGUGGAUACACUUGGUAUUUCAAUGGGACAGAGACUGCCCAGGGCUCACAUUACAAGAUGAGACUAGUGAGCUCUGCCAAUAGUGGGCCAUACACCUGUGUGGCUCGAAACUCAGUGACUGGAAUCAGCAGUUCUGCUGUAAUGGAAUUUAUUGUGAUUGAAUCAGUAUCGAGCAUUAACAUGAAACCCACCCCUGCAUACCCAAUAGAGAACACCACGUUCAGUCUGACCUGCAAUGUAACUGGGGCCGCUGUCUCAAGUCUCUGGUGGAAGGAUGAUCAGCCUCUAUCCACUACUGAAAGGAUUAAAGUGUCUGGAGACAACAGCACAGUCUCCUUCAACCCAGUACUGCAGUCUGAUAAUGGCACAUAUCAAUGUACAGCAAAUAACCCUGUAAGCCAAUUGACUAGCACUGGAUACAGACUGGUUGUGAACUAUGGACCACAGCAUGUCUCCAUCACAGGGCCAGCCUCUGCAGUCAAGGGCUCAGCGGUAACAUUCACAUGUUUGGCUCACUCUCAGCCCUCUUGUGAAUACACUUGGUAUUUCAAUGGGAAUAAGACGGCCAAUGGCUCACAAUACAAUAUAUCUGCUGUAAGCGCUAAUAAUAAUGGGGGAUACACUUGUGUGGCCUGGAACUCAGUAACCGGAAGGAACAGCUCUGCAGUAAAGAAACUUGUUGUGGCUGACCCUAAUGGUUCUGUUUCCUUGGCAUCUGGUCAUGCAGUAGAGGUGGCGAUUGCUGCUCUGGUUCUUCUGCUUUGUGUUUCAGGUUAAAAUGCUUCAGAUGAGGAUUCAGGGGGGGGGGGGGUUGUAGAUCAUUGAGCUCUAGAGAAUGUAAUUGGAAGAAUAGAUUUGUUUUAACAUGUUCUGCACAUUAUAUGUUUUUUUUUUCAACAACCUCGAUUGCUUGACCUUGUAAUGUUUUUAAUGAAUGAACCUCCCCUCCAGCUUAUGGUUGGGACCCAAGCACAGAACGGCCCGUUCGUAAAGCAGAUAGGAUUAACAUAACACAUUUAAAGAGAUAUUCAGUUUAUUAAAUAUACACACCAUUAUAUUGGGCUGUUCAUACCUCCUAAGGGCGUCUUCUGUAUUUUCAUUAAACUGCAUUGAUGUUAAUCCCAUUUUGAGAGCUGUAACAGUCUUGCCACAAAGUUCUGUUCCUUUUCUCUAUUAAAGAUAGCAUACAUAUGAGAAACUCUAAAAACACGCUAGUGUUGUCCAACAGGCUGUAUUGAAAAUGCCCCUUAAUUUUAGUUAGAUAUUCUAGUCGUGGGCACAUGUAAUAUGUAUUUUUAAGACUUCAAGGAAAAUGUGAAACAGUAAUUUAAUAAGACAUUGCUUAUCAUUACUGCACAAUAAAAUGAUACUAUGCUUUCUGCAAUUACAGUUAAUCAAUAUGUUCCUUUUAUUAUUAAACCAUAUCAUGUCCUGUAAACUGUGAUGCUUAAUUUAUAUUUACUGUACAACUUUAUAAGGGAAAGCAGAAAAUCUCUGUCAAUGAAAGCCAUAAAUGCUUGUCUUCUGACUUCAAGUUGUACCCCAAACCAAACAUUAAUAAAACUACACCAAACAA